AUGACUCGCAGUGGGCUUUACUGGUCGAGAGCUCCGAAAGAGAUAUAUUGCUUUUUACUCGGACUUCGUUCAAACCGCCCUUCUGCGCAUCCUGCGAAGUUUGAUACUUCGGACACCGAGGAUGAACCUGAAAAGCCACGCAGCAGAACGCGUCUUGAUGGUGUAUAUGAGAGUCUACAAAGUAUGGACUGGGGCGACGGAUUUCUACCCACAUUACUUGCGCCGUUCAUAGGUGUUCUGCCGUCCAAAGAUCUCCUCAUGGUUUUCUACAUCUGGAGCAUUAGAGUGGCCAAGGUUCUAGGAAAAGCUGCAUCUACACGGCUUGUGCGCGCUGUACUCGAGUCCAAUGCGUUUUGCAGAGACAAUGACAAGCUCACAGAAGAUGCACGCAUCUCCAUUGAGGCUUUACUGAAGGCUGCUAGAGUAGCCGAACCUGAGGAAGACCUGGCGUUGCAACUGGACUUGUCCGGCUCCAGCGUUCUGUUUCAUAACGACCUCGAGUUUUCCGAACCACUGUCGCCCGCUGGCAGCUUCCUGACUGCCAUGUGUCAUCGCAUCAAAGAUGGGCUUAUUGAUGGUGGAAUGCUUGGAGAAUUCACCGAGGUGCCGCAUUCUUUGAUCACAACAGACCGAGGAAUUAUGCCUGAUGCUGAGAUCGAGAUCGAAUUCGACAAUUUUGCAUCCGCCUGCAUGGCUGGCCUCCUACACGUCGACCUCGACACAAUUCAUCUGAUGGGACUGAUGCGAAUAGCCGCUGUGCUCGAGCAUGGUGCCGGCGAAAAGUUCUACUACAGAAAAACUAUACUUUCCCAAGUGUGGACUGUCGCUCUGGCUAGAACCUUUGCAGAGUUCAACAAGCUUAAAGGCGAGGGUCGAAGCCGUUAG